UCCUAAUCUGAAUGCUUAUUCAAGCCAUAACUGGUCCCGAUUAAAAAGAGAAAUCUUAACAGAUCUAUCACCUGAUUUAUUAACUGCAAUAGACAAAUCAUUAGUCUCAGUAAAGAAUUUGAUUAGGAAUGGAUCUAUGACUAAUAUGAAUCAAAAAACAUCAAAUGAACCAAUGAAAUUAGUUCAAAACUUUAAACAAAGUGUUUUGUCUAAGAAAACUAGACCGUUUGUUUUAGCUACUAGUUGUGUUGUGAGUCAUGGUAAUUCGGAUGAAAGGAAUCGGGUUGAAGAAGUAGAAGAGAAUGAGAAUGAGAAGAAGAAGAAUGGAGUAGAACAGUUUUUGAUGGCUAUUAAAACUUUUAGUCAAUCUAAUCUUAUGACUGGGAAUUGAAUCAAUGAACCUAUGAAGAUCAUUUUAAGGUCUUUUUGAAAGACAAAUCGGUUAUUUUUUUGAUAUUAUGUUUGAUGUGUGAAAUUUGUUUAGUUUUUUUUUGAAAAUUUUAUUUAUGAUAGUACAGAUUUAAACGUUAUUUUUUUAUGUAUGCGAAGGGGUUGUUUGAAAAGUUUUGAUUGGUGGUUUUGAAAUAGGUUAUAAUUUUUUUUUGAAAGAAGUUAAUGAUGAUUUGUAUAUUGUAUUAAUUGGAUGUGUUUUUUUGAGAUUACAUUGGUAUAAGAAGAGAAUCAAGUAUCUCUUGGCUGUGUGCUAAGUUUUUCUUAGAUGAAAGUGAAUUGAUAAUUAUGUUUUAUUUCAAAAUGUGCAUGGAGUAAGAUUGAAGCUCUUUAUGUGUUUGUACCCUUUGAUAGUCUGGGUCUGAUGAAUGGCCCAAAUCGUUUUUGAAAUCAAAGUCUUAUUAGAG